AUGGCCAUGGGUCGAGGCGCAGCAGUUGCGUGCGGGCAGGCGUCCAGGAAGGAGACCGAAGGAAGACACAGCUGUGCAAGCAGUAUUUCGAGGGAGGAUGCAACCGGGGCGGCAACUGCGCUUUCGCACAUGGUGAAACUGAGCAACGCCAGCCACCUGGAUGGCAGGACGGAGAAGCCCAAGAUGAAGCUUUGUGAGAAGUUUCCGAACUUUUGCGAGUUCGGACGAUAUUGCCACAAUGCACAUGGGCAGGACGAGCUGCAGGUUCCUGCUCCGGGGCCGCGCCUAACUGCGCAGCCUGAAGCGGAGCAGGUUGACGAUCCGCAGCCCGAGGAAGGAGACCGAAGGAAGACACUGCUGUGCAAGCAGUAUUUCGAGGGAGGAUGCAACCGGGGCGGCAACUGCGCUUUCGCACAUGGUGAAGCUGAGCAACGCCAGCCACCUGUAUGGCAGGAGAAGCCCAAGAUGAAGCUUUGUGAGAAGUUUCCGAACUUUUGCGAGUUCGGACGAUAUUGCCACAAUGCACAUGGGCAGGACGAGCUGCAGGUUCCUGCACCGGGGCCGCGCCUAACUGCGCAGCCUGAAGCGGAGCAGGUUGACGAUCCGCAGCCCGAGGAAGGAGACCGAAGGAAGACACUGCUGCGCAAGCAGUAUUUCGAGGGAGGAUGCAACCGGGGCGGCAACUGCGCUUUCGCACAUGGUGAAGCUGAGCAACGCCAGCCACCUGGAUGGCAGGAGAAGCCCAAGAUGAAGCUUUGUGAGAAGUUUCCGAACUUUUGCGAGUUCGGACGAUAUUGCCACAAUGCACAUGGGCAG